CAGGCCUGGGCACCCCGCGUGGGUCACCGGCCUCGUCAGUCCUGGCUCCGACGUGGCCAGGGCCUGAGGCAGCCGCCCGCGCAUCCCAAGCGUGGGUUCACUGCUUCCCCAGGAACCCCUCGCUCUGCUGCGGUGAGGCGAACUUGGAGUGGCCCAGGUCGUCUAGCUGAGCAUCCGCAGCGCGAUCCCAUGGCCUGGGGCGUUUAGGUCCCUCUCUCCCCAUAGUUUUCACGAGUAGUUUUCCCUCCCAGCACCCAGGACAAGCUCAGACUUCACUGAAUCUAAGGGGAAGCAUGGUGAUUCGCAGUAUAAAUUCAUCUUCGUAUUCAGCCAGCUGUAGGCCUCAAUCUCUCGCAGAGAGUUCUGCUGUGAGAAUUGCCAGUAACAGUUCACUAUGGGGGAUAUUCUGGCCCAUGAAUCUGAAUUGCUUGGACUGGUGAAAGAGUAUUUAGAUUUUGCUGAAUUUGAAGAAACCCUGAAGACAUUUUCAAAAGAAUGCAAAGUAAAAGGAAAGCCACUGUGUAAAACUGCAAGUGGGUCACUGAAGAAGGACUCCACGUCACUGAUGAUCCAGAAGGAUUUGGUGGCAGCGUUUGACAGCGGAGACCAGAAGCUGUUCUUCGAUUUGUGGGAGGGACACGUCCCCAGCUCCAUCAGAGACACUGACUCCCUGGCCCAGAAGCUGGAGUUCUACCUUCACAUCCAUUUUGCCAUCUAUCUUCUGAAGUACUCUGGAGGCAGGCCGGACAAACAGGAGCUAGAUGAGAGGAUUUCUUAUUUCAAAACCUACCUGGAAACCAAAGGGGCUGCCCUGAGCCAGACCACAGAGUUUCUUCCCUUCUACGCCCUCCCCUUUGUGCCCAAUCCUAUGGUCCACCCCUCGUUUAAAGAACUCUUCCAGGAAUCUUGGACUCCAGAAUUAAAGCUGAAGCUGGAAAAGUUUUUAGCUUUAAUUUUUAAAGCCAGUAACACGCCAAAACUUGUAACCAUCUAUAAGGAGAAUGGACAGAAUAGCAAAGAAAUGCUGCAGCAGCUCCACCAGCAGCUGGUGGAGGCCGAGCGCCGGUCCAUGACCUACCUCAAGCGGUACAAUAAGAUCCAGGCCGACUACCACAACCUCAUCGGAGUCACAGCCGAGCUGGUGGAUUCUCUAGAGGCGACAGUCAGUGGCAAGAUGAUCACCCCCGAGUACCUGCAGAGCGUCUGCGUCCGCCUCUUCAGCAACCAGAUGCGGCAGAGCCUGGCACACAGUGUGGACUUCACAAGGCCUGGGACGGCCUCAACCAUGUUACGAGCCUCUUUGGUACCUGAGAAGUUGAAGGAUGUCCCAUUACUGCCCUCCCUGGAUUAUGAGAAACUGAAGAAGGAUUUGAUCUGGGGCAGUGACCGCUUGAAAGCCUUCUUGUUGCAGGCUCUGCGCUGGCGCUUGACCACGUCCCACCCUGGAGAGCAGAGGGAGACAGUCCUGCAAGCCUAUGUCAGCAAUGACCUCUUGGAUUGUCACAGCCACAACCAGAGGAGCGUGCUGCAGCUGCUGCACUCCAAGAGCGAGGCUGUGCGCCAGUACAUGGCCAGGCUCAUCAAUGCCCUGGCAUCCCUGGCUGAAGGUCGACUCUACCUAGCCCAGAACACAAAGGUACUCCGGAUGCUGGAGGGAAGGCUGAAGGAGGAAGACAAGGAUGUCAUCACUCGUGAGAAUGUCCUUGGGGCCUUACAGAAGUUCAGCCUCAGGCGCCCACUGCAGACUGCGAUGAUUCGUGACGGCCUCAUCUUCUGGCUGAUCGACCUUCUGAAGGAGCCCGACUGCCUGUCUGACUACACACUGGAGUACUCUGUGGCUUUGCUCAUGAACCUCUGCCUUCGAAGUGCAGGAAAGAACACGUGUGCCAAAGUGGCGGGACUCGUGCUGAGAGUCCUUUCAGACCUCCUUGGCCAUGAGAACCACGAGAUACAGCCAUAUGUGAAUGGAGCCCUGUACAGCAUCCUUUCCAUCCCGUCCAUUCGGGAGGAGGCCAGAGCCAUGGGAAUGGAGGAUAUCCUGCGCUGCUUCAUCAAAGAAGGCAGUGCCGAAAUGAUCCGCCAGAUAGAGUUCAUCAUCAAGCAGCUGAAUUCCGAAGAUUUACUGGAUGGUGUUCUUGAAUCCGAUGAUGAUGAAGAUGAAGAUGAUGAAGAGGAUCAUGACAUCAUGGAAGCUGACCUGGACAAAGAUGAACUGAUCCAGCCCCAGCUUGGAGAACUCUCAGGAGAGAAGCUUCUAACCACGGAGUACUUGGGAAUCAUGACCAACACUGGGAAGGCUCGGCGCAAAGGGCUGGCCAGUGUGCAGUGGAGCGGGGAUGAGCCCCUGCGUCGGCCCGUCACCCCUGGCGGCCACAGGACGGGGUGCCCAGUGCUGGGAGACCAUCUCGUUUCUCCCCAGAAUGCCCAACGAGCCAGAAAUAGCUGUCUGCAGGCCUUACCAGCCCAUCAGCCGGACAUCUGCAAAGAGGGCAGACCAGGUGUCGAUGGGCAUGGUACAUCCUCUUCAACAGUUAUGAAUUCCAAGCCAAGAGAGUGGUUGUUAGCUGGACAUCAAGAAGAGCCUCGCUUGAUCCCCACAGCAGCCCCCAGCUGGCUGAAGGACGUGAACCAGGACCCAAGCAGUGGACAUACCACCAGGGAAUUCGCGUCAGCUUUCACCUUCAAGUCCCGGGUACCCAGUACUCCAGAGACCAUGGAGCUGAACACACUCAAGGCGAAAGCAUCGUCUCUGGCCCCACAGUUCUCCCCAAGUGGUCCCCACCAGGCCAGCCGCCCAGCCUCCACAGCAUCCUCCACGAGGGGCCUGCACAUAGGUCAGCCAGCACCCUGAUGGGAGCCUCAGAGGAAGUCCUUGUGCUCCUGUGUUUGGGCCCAUGAACUAUUUGUGCCCAGGCAAAUGGGAAAGGCACAUUUCCCUACAGGACCAGGGCCUUUUCCAGUGACUUCCUUUGCCCGGGGACCUGUCCUUUAUUAACAUUUGCUGUUUAUUCAUUGCUCGUAGUUAGGCAGCUAGUGUAUAAGCUAGCUGAAUGACACCCUGAAGAUCAUAUCCCUUAGAAAUAAGAUUCCCACAUCUGGGGCUUGCAAAGGCCAUUCUCACCUGUCUUGGCUGCAUAAGGUUGGUCUAGAACUCAGAUCCACCUUCUGGUGGGAGGCUCCGCUCAAACCCAGCCUCUCCAUCUUCUCACCCUAUUUCAGUCUCAACCAGUUGACUGAUCUCCCCAGCUGGGCUUUACUGACAAGAAGAACAAACGUAGAGAGCAAAGAUGUCAAGCAGCAGUCGCCAGCUUGGGUACAGCUUAGGCCCUGGCGUUCUAGCCAGGUAAUGAGCCAUGGCUAAGCCAUGAUGGGCUCUCCCUAUCCCCUCUGGUUCAGGUCAGGCUACUUCCUCUCAGGCCCUGAGGAGUGCCAAGGGACCAUGGAAAGCCUGGCCAGGAGGGAAGCGGUCAGGCCAUUCUGACCCAGCUGUGUUUCCAGUCUGCACAGGGUUGGGGAGUCUCGGUUGACGUUCAUCACAAUAAUAAUACCCUGUAGCUGAUAGCUGGCCAUACCCCACGUCCAGCAACAUCACAUGGCCCAAGCCUGGUGUCCAGAGUCCCGGAGUGGUAGAUUCCAUAUGUCCCGUGGACUCAGCAAACAGGGAACUAUUGCCAGGAGGCACAUUGAGCAAACCGACCAGGCAGCAGCUUCCUGUGAGGAAGGACCAGGGCAGGCCACAGAGCCAGGACCCGGGAGGGAAAGUUCUCAUUAUUCAUCUGCACGAGGGCAGUUGAAGAAGGGAUUGUGUGGGACAGAGGGGUUUUGUGCGGGGACCACUUGGCACUGGCAUCUCGCUCUGGCUUCUCUCCUCCAGGCAGUCAGUCCUACAGGAAGUGAAGACGGCUUCUUUCCCAAGCUCACUGUCACGUGUCUGAUGACCCAUCGGCUUCUGGUUCUCUACCAGCAGCUGCAGGGGAUGGAUGUGAAGAGACACUUGUCUCUGAGAUCCUGGGUGUGGAGGAUCCCAGGAAUGCCAGCCCCUCCAGGCUGCCCAGGCGUGAGGCGGUCAGAGCACCACUAUCCAGGCACCAUCUCCUCAGACCGAGCCAUGGGAGGAGGGUUGGGAGAGGCCUUGACUGCCCUCCUGGUGAGAAGAGGUUACCUGGUCAUCCUUUGCGCCCAGAGGAGAAAAAGGGGUAGCCUUUGACCUCAAAACACUGUGGUCACAGGGAAUGGCAGAUUCCAGACUCAGCUUCCCUGGCCUUCAUAGAGUCUAAGCUGGACAUGAAGCCACACCAUCCAGCCAACCAGAUGGAGAAGGCUACGCCGGAAGUCUUUUCCCAGAUGCUGGGCCAGGGUGGCUGGUGAAAGGUGGCUCCUCAUUCCUCACAUGAACCAACUACCAGCCAAUAAGGAGCUCAGGGAGCCUCGUUCUCAGGCUCAGCCUCAGCCAGGGUGUUUGCAGCCUCUAAACCAGGGGUUCCCAACCCGUGGGUUGUGACUCCUUCCGGGGGAGGGGUCAAAUGACUUUUUCACAGUGGUCACAUAUCAGAUAUCCUGCAAAUCAGAUAUGAUUAUGAUUCAUAACAAUAGCAGAAUUCGGUUAUAAAGCAGCAAUGAAAGUAAUGCUUAUGGUUGGGGUCAGCACAGCCUGAGGGCCUACUGGACAGGGCACAGCAUUAGGAAGGGCGAGAACCACGGCUCUAAACCCUGCGGAAAGAUAUAACGUAUGAAGGGGACGGGAAAAGAUGUGGACACACUGCUCAUGUAAAAGUUCUGAAAAAACAAAUUUAAAAACAAGACUAUGCUCUGGGCCCAGGGAUGUAGCUAUGAGGUAGAGGGCUCGCCUAGCAUGCAAGCCCUGGGUUCCAUCUUUAGUACCAGAGACCAUACGUGGUCACACUCACCUGUCACUCAGCACUCAGGACGGGGAGCCAUGGGACUGAGAAGUUCAAGAUCAUCCUGUGCUACAUAGUGAGUUUGAGGCCAGCCUGGGCUACAUGAGACCUGGUUUUUAGAAGGAGGAUAAGGUGUGAUCUAGAAUACAAAGUAGACUCAGGCUCCUCAAACAGUUGUUUGGGUUUCUGUGGUUGUUUUCAGAUUGGCUGGUUUUAUGUAUCUUGACCUGAAAUCUUUGUGUGUGCACAUGUGUGUGCCUGGUGCCCACAGAGGCCAGAAGAAGGUCUCAGAAGCCCUCACACUGGAGUUAGAGGGGGCUGUGAGCCACCUUGUGGGCCCUGGGAAUGGCAGGUCCUCUGCAAGACCAGCAAAUGCUCUUAGCCACUGAGCCAUCUCCAGCCCCCUGUACAUCUGUAAAGGGCUUAGAAAUGUGGCCAGCUUGACCUGUCUCCUGCCCCACCCGGGUCUGGCCGUCACAUCUCUCUCCAAUACUCCAGAAAUAUGUGCCUCCCUCUGCACUUAAGGCCUGAAGAGCCUGCUGACCUCCUAGCUCUGCCUGUGGAUGUCCAAAGUAAGGGUGUCUGCAGGGCACACAGCGUGUGGCAGAGGACUCUGGUGUCAAGUCACUCUGUGAUGGGACCUGGGGAUGAACUGCAAAGGAGCAUCAUGGAGAAGGCACUCCACCACACCAGCCAACACCCCCGAGAUUCCACAGGUGCCAGUGCCUGGCACAGCCUUUCCCUGCCUGGCGUGGGAGCAGCAGACACCCAGGCUGGGGAGAGUCAUCUUUUCAGGCCCCGGAAUGAAGGCAACAGCGAUCUCUCCCUCAAGCCCCCACCCGGGUGGAAGUCAGGCUGCUUGUCUGUUGUCUGGGGAGGAGAAGAGGUGCUCUUUUAGAGGGACGAGGGAAUCCUGUGAGGGCUCAGCACACUGAGAUCACCAAGCAAGGAGUGGGUUGUUCUCUGGGAACGUAAGCCUUACCCUUAGCGCUCCUACAAGGCCUGCUCGAAGCACACACUGAAACUAGCAAUAGGCCUGGUUUUAAUAGGUUCCCCUGUGUGACCCAGGCUGGCCUGGAACUUGCUGUCUCCAAACCCCAGAUCCGCCUGCCUGACCCUUUCUAAAAGGUUUGACAACUUGGGUCUCGAUAGACGCUCGGUGGUUAAGAGUGUGUACCGCUCUCGAGAGGACCUCAGGGCCAGCACUCAUGCAGCCAGGCCCCUCACAGACACAUUCAUACAUGUAAUUGAAAAUAAGAUAGAGCUUUUGAACAACUUUUUCAUAAAUAAUCAAGUACUCCAAGUGUCUGCUUGCCCUGCCGAGACUGGAGAUGAACCCAGUCUACAGGGGGAAAAUCAAAUAAAACAUUUGUUUGUUUGUUUGUUUUUUGAGACAGGUUUUUCUGUGUAGCCCUUAGCU